AUGUUUAACUCAGUGAAUCUAGGAAACUUCUGUUCUCAAUCGCGUAAAGAGAGGAGUGCUGACUUUGGAGACAGAGCAGGUUGCGCUUCCAAUCUCUACCUCCCUAGCUGCACCUAUUACGUCCCAGAAUUUUCAACUGUGUCAUCUUUCUUGCCACAGGCCCCCUCUCGCCAAAUCUCCUACCCUUAUUCCACUAACCUCUCGCAAGUGCAACCAGUUCGAGAGGUCUCCUAUGGUCUAGACCCCUCUAGUAAAUGGCACCAUAGAAGCAAUUACGCAUCGUGUUAUUCCGCGGAAGAUCUGAUGCAUAGAGAGUGUAUCCCGCCUUCCACCAUGACCGAAAUGCUAAUGAAAAACGAAAGCGUGUACAGCCACCACCAUCCCAGCUCUAACCAUCCUGCAUCUACGGGAUUCUACUCCAGCAUGAACAAAAACAGUGUCCUGCCCCAGGGCUUUGAUCGGUUCUUCGAAAAUGCCUACUGCGGGACAGAGAACCCGCCUGAGAACUGUCUGCAGAAAAGCGAGAGCAAACUGGAAUCCGACUCCCAGCCCAGUGCACUAUCAUCCCGCGGAGAGCAAGGCAUAGACCCGGAAGACGAAGAGGAAAACACAAAUCCAGGGUCUUCAGCUUCGUCUUCUUCUGUCAACAAGGAAGGAAGCAAAAGCAGCAACUCGAGUGCUCCCCGUACAAGGAAGAAGAGAUGUCCCUAUUCGAAAUUCCAGAUCAGAGAGCUAGAGAGAGAAUUUUUCUUCAAUGUCUAUAUAAACAAAGAAAAAAGGCUUCAGUUGUCUAGGAUGCUAAAUCUCACUGAUCGACAGGUUAAAAUUUGGUUUCAGAACAGAAGAAUGAAAGAAAAAAAAUUAAGCAGAGACCGCCUGCAGUAUUUCUCUGGAAAUCCCUUAUUGUGAACACAUCUUUUCCCAGUCCUCUGCUGGUGAAGUAGAUCUGUACUAAGAAGGAACUCUGAAAGCAUGGGUUGUGGUCUGAGUCUACAAGCAACCUCAAAGUUUAAACCUUUUCGUUACUUACAUUUGUAUGUAUGGAACAGUUCUAAGUAACGCAAGGAGUUCAGAUAUCUAAACGUUUAAAGGACUGGAAAACCAUGGACUUUUUAUUUAACGUUUUGUCUGAACAACUGGGAUUUUUUUUUCAUUUAGUCAUCCUUGUCCAUUUGAAUAAAUCGCAGUGCUGUGUUAUAAUUAUCAUGGUGAUGAUUUUAAUAUGCAGUUAACAUGCUACCACAGACGCGGCCAAAACCUCCCUCUAUGGUUAAUUUAGAUACCUUGAUUUGGGAGUGUGUGUGUGUGUGUGCGUGUAUGUGUAUGUACACAUAUACAUAGGAGUGUGCGUAUCCACACCGACCAUUU